AUGGCUGAGCUUAAGCCUUACAGAGGGGGUUACUACCUCUGGAAAUAUCUCCCCUCGAUCCCAGCAGCCGUCAUCUUCUUGGUGCUUUUCGCCGCUGCCACAACAUUUCACUUUUGGAAGCUCCACCGAACAAAAGCUUGGUUCUGCCUCGCAUUUUCUAUCGGCGGACUCUUCGAAGUAAUCGGUUACGCUGCUCGAGUCGCUGCGCACAACAGCACAGAUUCGGUGAUCGUUUUUGCGAUUCAGAAUGUCUUCCUCCUCCUUGGACCUACUCUUUUCGCAGCCUCCGUAUACAUGACUCUGGCGCGAAUCAUCUGCAGUGUCCAUGCCGAGAAACACUCCCUUGUUCGCAUCAAAUGGCUCACCAAGAUAUUCGUGAUGGGCGAUGUCGUGUCAUUCCUCGUGCAAGGUGGUGCAUCAGGCCUGAUGGCCACGGGAAAUAACCAGAAAAUGGGCUCAAACAUUGUGGUCGCUGGUCUCGUCAUCCAGGUUAUCAUGUUUGGUCUGUUCAUUGUCACUUCGAUUGUCUUCGAGGUUCGCAUGCGUCGAUCACCCCCGGCGGAGGCCUUCGAUGAGGGAAUCAACUGGAUGAGGCAUUUGCGCACGCUCUAUGCUGUCAGUGCCCUUAUCCUGGUUCGGAGCAUUUUUCGAGUUGUGGAGUAUGCAGCUGGUAACGAUGGAUAUCCACUUACCCAUGAGUGGAUGCUCUAUGUGUUUGACUCUGUGCUGAUGAUAAUCUCUAUGCUCAUCUGGGGUAUUUGGCAUCCCGGCACACUGCCGAGACUCACGGUAUCGGAUCAGGAGACAGUCACCGAAGUGGCGGCUGACCUAGAGUUGAAGCAGAGCUGA